CAGUUAAAUCCCUAAUAAACUGCUGUCAAAUUUAUUUACGAAUUCUCACAACUUUCCCUGUCAAGUUUAUUUUCAAAAUACGUUUUCUUUAACAUGUUAAUAACAUUUAUAGUAUAGAGAUAUGGCUCCUAAAAAGAAAGAAGGAGGAGCAACUAAGUCACGAGGGAAUCUAGCGGAAGACGAAGGUUUGGACUGGCUCAAACCACGCACCCUAAUCAAACCUGACGAUCAAGAAGAAGUUCCAGAUGCUGAUCUUGAAGAAGAUGUGGGUCGUAUUUUGACGACGAUCAAUCCUCAGUGGGUGGCUGAUGAGGUGGCCUAUCAUUAUGGUAGACACAUGUUUGUGGUCAAGCCAAAACCAACCUUCGGAAAGUCAUACCCAUUAUACGUUUAUCAGGGCACUGCUAUACGCAAGGAUUCCGAAGAGGCAAAAGCUCAGAUCGCCUCUGGAUAUGGUAGCGUCGGAUUUGAUGAGGCUGGUCCAAAACGAGCCAAGGUGAAGAAGUCACGGGCUGAUUUAGAUGACGAAGAAGAACCAGAACCGGAACCUCCACCGCCAGUUGAAGAAGCCAAACCGGAAGAGGAUGCGGUGGCCGAAGAAGAAAAACCUGCAACGGCAGCUGAGGGGGGCGAGGGUGGUGAAGCUCCUAAGGAAGCAGUUGAAGGAGAAGAAGUGGCUGACGAGGGUGGUGAAGAAGCACAACCUGAAGAACAGGAAGAAGGUGGUGGAGCACCUGAAGGUCCCGCUGAAGAAGUGUUUGAAAUCAAGCCACGUGUGAAGAAACUCGCCAAUCAAUUUAACUUCUGCGAACGUGCUGCUCUCACCUAUAACUUCCCAAGGAGAUCCGUAGAUACUCAGACCAUCCCGCCGCCGAGAGCGAAUUUCGGAUCCACUGCCCUGCAGAGCAUCAUAUUCGAUUACUACCAAGAAGAUUACGCUAGGAAAAUGAAAGAGAAGGAGGACGAAAAACCGAAACGGCUCCGCAAGAAAGCAGCGAAGCACGCGAAGUCAGCACAGCAGAUACACGACGAGCAGCUGGCGCAGAGGAUCCGGGAGGCUUGGGCCAUCCUCGAGCGGCUGGUCAACCAAAACAUUUACGAUGACGUCGCUCAAGACUACCGCUAUUGGGAUGACCCAUCAGAUGAAUUCCGCGAAGGCAUGGGCUCUCUAUUGCCUCUGUGGAAGUUCCAGUUCGAGCCUAUGAGAAGCCACUCAGUCUGCGACCUCCAGUGGAAUCCUCACUAUCAGGACUUGUUCGCUGUUGCCUAUGGAUCCUUGGAAUUCACGAACCAGCAGAAUGAGGGCUGCCUCUGCAUGUACAGCAUCAAGAAUCCUGCGUACCCAGAAUACGCGGUCAUCACAGAAUCUCCCAUCAUCUGCCUCGACGUCUACCAUGAAAUACCUUACCUCGUCUGCGUUGGGCUGUACGACGGAAAUGUAUGCGUUUACAAUGCUCAGUUGACGCUAGAGUCCUCAUAUCAGUACAAAUCUGAUUCUGUACGAGACAAGCACAGCAAUAUUGUUUGGGAGAUACGCUGGGGUCCUCGCCUAAUCGAUGGUGAAGCAUCUUUCUUCUCGAUAUCCGGAGACGGGCGAGUGGUGCAGUGGGCCGUGAUGCCUGGGGAGUUGCAGGCCACCACAAUUAUUACUCUGUCCUCAAAUGUCCCGCCCAUACCGGGCCCAGACGGCACUAUGGUCAAUGUCAAUAGCUGUGGUAGCUGCAUAUGUUUCCACCCAGAGAGACCAGAAAUCUUCAUGGUCGGCACCGAGGACGGCAUGAUCCACACCUGUUCCCUCAAGUACAACCGGAACUACGUGCGCUCAGUCCAGGGUCACCAUAUGCCGGUGUACAGGAUCCACUACAACUUGUACAAUAACAGCAUCUACGCGUCUUGCUCUGGAGACUGGAGGGUCAAGAUAUGGGAGGACGGGAGAGACGAGCCCCUGUUUAUGUUCGAGCUGGGGUCGCCGGUGGGGGACGUGAAGUGGGCGCCUUAUUCCAGCACAGUCUUCGCCGCCUGCACUGCUGAUGGAAAGGUGUACGUGUACGACUUGAACGUGAACAAGUACCGCCCCAUCUGUGUACAGGCCGUGGUCUCCAAGAAGACCAAGAAACUGACUAGGCUGGACUUCAACUCCCGUCUGCCGGUCAUCGUCGCAGGGGAUACUAAGGGAACGUGUCACGUGUUGAAAUUAUCUCCAAAUCUGAGAGUAAUGGUCAAGCCACCCAAGAAGGCUCAAAAUGUUGACCAGAGAACAUUACAGAUAAUGAAAUUGGACAAAUUGCUAAGUCUCGUACGGGAUCCACCAUUUACGCCGGGGGUUGUCGAUGAAAAGUUCGAUGAUGACUAAGAAAUAAUUAUUAUAAUUAAUAUGUUCUAUUUUAUCAUAUUAAUUAAUAUUAAAACAGUAU